AUGGAGAUGCCCUUUACUGGACCAAAUAUACCGAGAAUUGGACUGGCUUUGGACAGGAGACAUACCGAUAUGACGAGACAAAUAAACACUGCAUCCCAACAAGAAUAUAGAGCUCGCGUGGAGAAACAGCUGAAGGACAAUGCCGAGAGUUUAGAAGCACUCGAUUACGUUGGAUCACGAGUAACUUUCGAAGUGGACACUUUGCAAGCACCGGAGUCGAACUCAGAUUUGAAAGUGUUUUUUUUUGACAUUGAUAAUUGCUUGUAUAAGCGGUCGACUAGAAUUCACGAUUUGAUGCAGGAAUCAAUCCACGAAUAUUUCAAAAAUGAACUUAGGAUGAACGAUGAAGAAGCCUGGCACUUGCACCAUAAGUAUUAUCGCGAGUAUGGGCUGGCCAUUCGCGGGUUGGUAAUGCACCACGAAAUUAACGCUUUGGAAUAUAAUAGAAUGGUAGACGACGCUCUGCCUUUGCAGGACAUUUUAAAGCCGAAUUUGGAGCUGAGAUCAAUGCUCAAGCGACUUAAAAGUUCUCAAAAAGUGGACAAAUUGUGGCUUUUCACUAAUGCUUACAAGAGCCAUGGUUUGCGAUGCGUGAGACUGAUGGGAAUUGCUGAUCUUUUCGACGGCAUCACGUAUUGCGACUACGCUCAAACGGAUACAUUGAUCUGCAAGCCGGAUCCCACUGCCUUCGAAAAGGCCAAGAGAGAAAGUGGGCUAGGUAGUUACAGCAAUGCCUGGUUUGUUGACGACAGUGGUAAUAACAUCGAGACUGGUCUUGCGCUCGGGAUCCCCAAGUGUGUGCAUUUGGUCGAAGAGGAAGUUGACGUUAACUUGGGCAAAACUCCCAAGGGCUCCAUUGUCAUCAGCGACAUCGUCGAUCUUGAAGAAGCGGUCCCCGAGGUUUUUUGA